CUCGCGAUACUUUGAUGUCCAGCCGAACACGCCUACUGUGAAGGUCACGUGACGCAGAGGAUGCGCACGAAAAUUAUCGUCCGGAUAGAAAACACGCAGGAAAAUGUCUGAGAAGGACACCGAAACCUUUGAUGUGCUGGAACUGGCAGAGCAUGUAAAGAAACAAAGGUGGUGGAACAAAAUGUUUGGCAAAAAUAACUCUGGACCUGCGGCUGAGAAGUACUCCGUUGCAACACAGUUGGCUGUUGGAGGAGUGACCGGCUGGUGUGCAGGUUACUUGUUUCAGAAAGUUGGGAAGCUUGCAGCAUCAGCAGUAGGCGGCGGCUUCUUUUUGCUCCAGAUCGCUCAUCACACAGGCUACAUUAAAAUAGACUGGAAAAGAGUUGAGCAAGAUGUGAACAAGGCAAAGAAGCAGCUGAAGCUGAAUUCAGACAAGCCUACUAAAGAAGUGAGAACUAAAUUUAAUGAGGUGCAAGUGUUUGUCAAGAACAACAUUGUUCUCACAGGAGGUUUCGCUGGUGGAUUUCUGCUUGGUCUGGCUUCAUAAGAUCUCUCAUUGUUCCGUCUUAU